CCACUUCCCAAUGAACUGGUCGAGCAGGUUACAGUAUUUGUGGGCUGGUGUUUGAGUCUGGGCGCUUCACUUGCUGCAUGCACGGACACUGCGUCCGUGCAAGUCAGUCGGCGGCACUGCUGCCUUCUCGUCUUCACUUUGCAGUCGCCGCAGCAACAGUAAUGAGGUCCCUCUUGUUCGGCGCGAUCCAGCUCCUCUUCCUUGCGCUCGUCGGGUGCAGAGCUCUGUCCUGCCCGAGAGGACAGUUUGUGCUCAAGAGCCAAUGUGUCCUCUGCCAUCCCACCUGUUCCGAGUGCUGGGGCCAUGAGCUGUUUGAGUGCACUACCUGUGGAGUGGAUGAAAAUGGACAGGAACGUUUCCUCCACCAAGGUCGCUGUCGGAUGCACUGCCCCCGCGGACUGUAUCCUGACAGGGGUCGCUAUGCCUGCCUGCCCUGCAUAGCCAAUUGUGAACUCUGCACAGAUGGCAAUAUAUGUGCCAAAUGUCGCGAACGCUACAAACUCCACGGUGGGCUCUGCCAAACGGCACACUGUGAUAUAGGACAAGUGCAGGAUCUCGAUACAGGCGAGUGUAUUGACUGUCAGAUGGGCUGCAAAACAUGCUCCACAGAAGACCCUGAGAUUUGCAGCAGUUGCGCUCAAGGUUACUUUCUUUUCAGACACCAGUGUCGCAAGCACUGCCCCCAGCGCACAUAUGAGGACCAAGGCAGGGGUGUGUGCCUGUCCUGCCCCAUGCCGUGCGCAGACUGCAGGGGUGAGGCACAGUGCCUUGCCUGCCAGCCAGAUUACUUCCUUAAUGGAGGCAAAUGUGUGAAACAAUGCCCACAACAAUCCUUCAGGGAGACCACCGGGUGGCGCUGUGAGCCUUGCCACAGCUCCUGCCAGACAUGCCACGGGCCUCGCUCAACAGACUGUGACCUCUGUCUGGCGGGCAACUCUCCUCUUCACGGGCAGUGCCCACUGACUAACUGCCCAUUGGGGCACUACUUUGACGCUGAUUCUGGAAAAUGUCACACAUGUGAUGUAUCCUGCAAGACCUGCUUUGGCCCACAGGCGCAGGAUUGCUCCUCGUGUUUUAAAGGCUAUUUCCUGGACCAGGAAAGUUCCUGCGUGAUGCGGUGUCCCCCCGGCUCCUAUGCUAACACGGCCACACAGCUGUGUGAAAAUUGCUCACCAAACUGCGAGGCCUGCGUGGGCUCCAGCGAUAACUGUAUCGACUGUUCCAAAGGCAGCUUUAAGCUCUAUCUUCACCAGGGGAGGUGCUGGUCAAACUGCCCGGAAGGCUACUGGGAGACGGCAGAGGGAUCAUGCAGCGCCUGCGACAAUACCUGCCUCACGUGUGAAGGCUCCAGUACAAAAUGUCUCUCCUGCGCUGAAGGCCGCUACUUGGAGGGCGGUGCGUGCACGCUCAACUGUUCACUGGGGGCUUACCCUGCCGACGACGGCGCCUGCAGGCGUUGCCCCCCUCACUGCGAUAUCUGCUCGGACGACAGGACCUGCUUCAAAUGCACUUUCUUGUACCUGAUGCUGAAUGGUGCCUGUAAGGCUAAUUGUCCCACGGGCUACUAUGAGGACAUGGAGGAGGGCCGCUGUGGUCUGUGCCAUCCGACCUGUAGCAGCUGUUCUGGGCCUUUGGCGGAUGACUGCGAGACCUGCUCCUUAUUCAGUCCUAAACUCUAUAAGGGCGCAUGCUCAAAAGAGUGCCCGACUGGCACCUACUAUGAGGCUGCAGCAACAGAGUGCCAAGAGUGCCACCAGACGUGUGUGAGCUGCUCCGGUCCGAACCCUGACCAGUGCACCCAGUGCGAACGAGGCCUGGUUCUGGAUCCGAACAGCUUGCUGUGCGGCGUGACCGGUGAUAGUGACUGUCCUCCGAGGACCUUCCUGCAUGACGACCAGUUCACAUGUAUGGGCUGCCACCGCCACUGCUACUCCUGCGAGGGGCUUGCCAGCGACGAAUGCCUGAUGUGUGCUGUCCCCCGAUACCUUCACAACAGGACCUGCGUGAGCGAAUGUCCGGCCGGUACGUACACAAGCGGGCUGGAGGCAGAUGGAACCCAGCUGGGUUUCUGUUUGCCCUGUGAUCACAUGUGCGACACCUGCACGGGGUCAUCGCCCAGAGACUGCCUCACUUGUUCCCCGAAAUACCUGCGCCUCCUUCAUCUCUGCGUCCGCCAUUGUCCCACAGGGUACUACCAAGCGGGCUCCCACUGUGAGAAAUGCCACCACUCCUGUGAGAUGUGCACCGGUCCCGGGCCAGAAUCCUGCCGGGCCUGUCUGCCUCCCCUCCUGGAGCUGCAAGGCACCAAGCUGUGCGUGGAGCGCUGCCCGCAGCGCUUCUACAAACUCAAUGACGUGUGCUUGCGAUGCCACAUCAGUUGCCACACCUGCAUAGAUGGCUCGCCUCAGAGCUGCGUGACCUGUGACAAAGGCAGCACGCUAAAGGACAAAGUCUGCUACCCACGCUGUGAGGAGGGGAGGUACUUCACCGAAAAGGCCACCUGUGAGCCAUGUGACAGCUCAUGCAAGCAUUGCAGCGGCCCGAGAUCUGACCACUGCCUGACUUGUCACCAAGAUUUUGGCCUUCACGCCGUGGAGAGCCGCUGUGCCCGCUGCUGUCAGGUGGGAGGGAACCGCACAGACUGUUGCAUCUGCGACAGCCGCUCAGGUCUGUGCGUGGAGGCCCCCGAACCCAAGUCAGGGGACGCGCCGGUCACAGACACAAACAUGUCUUCGGGCGUCCUCCAUCACACGUCGGCUGCUGCGCCUGUCGCCCUGCUGGUCGCGCUUGCGCUGGCUCUGCUCGCCUUUGCCUUGGUGAAGGCCCGAGCUAGGAGGAGGCUUUGCUGGAAACAGAGUUACGAGAGAUUGAGCGGCGGCGCCAACAUGCCUCACGGUGUGCCCGACCCGGACAGCGGUGAUGAAGUGGACGUGGUGUACACGAGUCAAGGCGGCUCCGUGUACCGUCGUUACAGUUUUAUCCACGAGUAUGACGCCAACCUCGAUCAGCAAGCGGAUGAGAGUACUUGUCUUAACCAGUCCUAGUCAAUACUCACCAAAGUGUACCACGACGAUUUAGGACAAAGUUCACAUGAACCUGCAAAUAUGC